AAGGAAGAGAAACAACACAGGAACUGACCCGUUUGGUCCAGUUGCUUCGGACCGAAGCCUCAUCAGCUUGUCUAGUUUCGUUUGUGCUUUUCACUUAUUUCAGGCACCUUGUUUGAAGUUUUGUUUGGCACGACGGGCUCUCCAUACUUUUUUCUUCUUCUCGCAUUAUCGACUCGGUGCUGAGCUGAAAAACGGGACAGCAGAAACCUCAAAGUGAAGAGAGCCGGUCCGGGUCACUGGGGGAUGACGCUACUGGACCUCAAUGAGUGACGAAAGCAGCAGCACCUCUUCCUCCCAGGUGGUGGAGGACUUCGAGGGGGAGCUGGACGAGGAGGUGGACAGCGAUGGAGGGAAGAACCAGACGGGACGGAGCAGCCCGACCCCGCUGUCCAGCUUCGCCUCACUGCGCGCCGUCAUCCGCAUCAAGCAGAAGUACCAGGCCAUGAAGCUGCGGCGUCAGGAGAUGGCCCACAGCCUGGCGGCGGCAGGCGGCCUCACCGGGGCUCCCGGGCGCACCAGCCCCAAAAUCUUCACCUUCGACGGACUCACCCCGGCCGCCUUCCCCGCCUUUCCUUCUGUCCUUCAGAAGAAGAAGAGAAGGAGGAAGAGACGAGUGUUGUUUCCCAACGGCGGGCCGCGCAAAACCGUGCCCAAGCAGGAGCGCAGCCGGGCCACGUACUGCCUCUACCUGCUGUUCGCAAUAGUCUUUGUCCAGGUGUACAACGCCAUAGAGAACCUGGACGACCACGUUCUCCGAUAUGAUCUGGAAGGCUUGGAGAAGACGCUGAGGCGGGAGGUGUUUGGCCAGCAGGGGGCGGUGGAGGGCCUGGUGUACCACCUGAAAGACUACCUGUCCACAUAUGUACACAACAAGCCGCUGGUGGUGUCCGUCCACGGGCCCAGCGGGGUGGGAAAGAGCCACCUGGGCCGCCUCCUGGCCGGACACUUCCGCUCGGUGGUGGGGGACGCGCUGGUGCUGCAGUACUACGUGCUCCAUCACUGCCCCCGGGAGGCGGAGGCCAUGCAGUGCGCGCGCAACCUCUCCUCUCUCAUCUCGGAGAUGGUGGAGAAGGCGGAGGAGGAGGAGAAGAUCCCGCUCUUCAUCUUCGACGAGGCCGAGCACAUGCACGUGGAGAUCCUGGACGUGCUGCUGCAGCUCGUCGCCUCCAAGCAGUCCAACGAAUACCUGAACGCCAUCUACCUGUUCCUCAGCAACCUGGGCCAUUCGCACAUCACCAAACACAUGCUGCAGAACUCCUCGAGUAUUUCCAUGGCGAUGACGGCCUCGGGCCGUCACAGCAACCUGGUCAAGGAGCUGACUCCUAUUUUGCGCAACACAUUGGAGAAGCAUCACCCGCUGUGGACCGAGGCCGACAUCUUGCCUCUGGGACUUCUGGAGAAAAGCCACGUGAUGGAGUGCUUUUUGGAAGAAAUCACCCGAGAGGGCUUCUACCCAGACCACAGCAACAUCGAACGCUUGGCGGGGGAGAUCGAGUACUACCCUGUAGUCGCAGGACGCGAAUAUUCCCAGUCGGGCUGCAAGCAAGUGGUGGCAAAGGUCAAUCUGCUGUGAAACCGCUCUUGCAGGAAACCUUUUUUUUUUUUUUUAACAUUCCUUUUAUCCAUGAAGAAUAAAAGUUGGAGGGGAGAGCAUGACGGUGAUGAAAUCUGAAACUUGAAAAGGCAGAACUGGAAACCCAAAGUCAUCAGGAGAAGCCAGAGCUGGAGGUUUUCCAGACGGAUGGGAAAUAAAUCCUGUGAAAAUAUUCCAAACACUCCUUAGAGGGUUGGUCCACCCAGAUUACAUCACAUUAUUUAUUACUUACCACAGCUGGCAUCUCUUCCCAUUCAGUACAUUUACAGUUUUCCAGGACAUUGCAAAUUCCAAAUAGACUUCAUGGAUAUUAAUUGACUUCAUAUGACUUAAUUAAGUCAUAUGAAGUCAUAUAUAUAUAAGUCAUAUAAUUAAUAUUAUUAGAAUUACUUAGGAUUAUUAUUAUAAUGCCAGUAUGAAAUUCUCAUGAGAUGAUUGAGUUUGUUAUUUGGGUAUUUACUGGACGUGCUGCAUAACCUACUUUUUUGCUUUUAAACAGAAAAGUUGUUGCAGCUUAACUAUAAUAUAAUGUUAUGACAGCUAUAAUAAUAUUAUCUAUACUGUUAUGAUAAACAGAUUUAAGCAGUUUAAGAGCAGUUUUCAAAGAGUUAUUAUUAUGGAGAGUUGAAUGCCUUCUUAUUGUUCCUCUUUUUGCAGCCUAGGAAGCUAGCUAGCUAGCUAGCUAGCUAGCUAGCUAGUUGUAGCCCAGGCUACAACUACAGGAUGUUGUUUCAACCAGCUGAAUAACUGGGUGUGGAGCUUUGGUUAAAAUGAUGCAACACAACAUUUUAGUGGUUGUGUAGCUGUAACUUUUUAAAACCUGUCAAAUGCCUAAGACCAGCAAAUGGUCAUAUUCUAACAUUUUACCUUCAAACAUUUUAGCUAGCAUUACACUACAAAUUAAAUAAUUUUGUUACAAAUUUGAAUUUUGGGUAUACAAUAAUUUCUUUUCAAGGUAUUUAUUUUUAUUCCUGCCAUUAUGUGACUUUUUCUGCUCUGGUACUAAUAACUUCAACAAGAACCUCAUGUAUUUCGUUUGGUUUCAGUAUGAAGUUAACCAGCGCAACCUUUUGUCAUUAUAUUAAUCACAGAUGAAGGGAAGUCGACAAGGGUGUGUAUUUGGGUCACGGUUGGUUUGAAUUUCCUUAAAAGAAUCUUCUAAGUUAACAAGAAAAGCUUUCAUCAGGAAACCACAUUUGCAUAAUGCAAGGUGGGUGUGCUGGACUAAAAAAAGACUUUGCAGUUGUAUUUGGACCAGAAUCACGGAAGUACCAGUGUGGAUCUAAAUAACAGAGAAAGAAUUGGAUCGUAGGUAUUGUUGCUAGCAUGAGGUAACUUUGCUGCUGUUGCACAGAAAUUUCCCCCAAAUGCUCUUCUAUUCUAUUAUGUAGGAAUCUCUUUGUAAACUUAAAAUGUGAUGUACUCUGACUGUGAUGUUUGUAAAAUUAUAAAAUCUUUGGCAGAUUUUUAAACAUUUAAGUUUGAAUUUAGAGCAACACAUUUUUAAAACUGAGGGCCUCUGGGACCCAUAUGGGUGGAUCUUAAAUUGUACACAAACUUGGUAUAAUGUCAAGGUUUCGUGAUGUAAAAAAAAAAAAAAAAAAGAUCAGGACUUUUUUCUUUUAUACUGUGAAAUGUAUGCUGCGCAAUUCAACGAAAGG